GAAAAAAAAAGGAGAUAAAUUUUACUUUCAUUCCUCAUUUCCGUUCAAUUUUUUUUAAAAAAAAAUCUAAAUUCUCUUUCUUUCUCUGGUCAAUAAAAAGGAAUUUAAGAAGACGAGCCAUUUUUUUAUUAUAUUUUAAUUUUAAUUUUAUGCAAUUGAAAUCAGCGGUCGUGUUGGGAAAUUAAAGGAGGAGGAGGAGGAGGAGGAGGAGGAGGAGGGUGAUUUUGUUUUAGGAAAUUUAGGUUUUUGAUAUUUUGGGGUGAGUUAAUUUUAAGUAUACAUUUUGUAACUGUUUUUAAUUAUGGGAUUAGGGAGUAAUGGUGGGGAUGAUGUUGUGGUGGAUGACGGUGAUGACGGUGGAGAUGGUGGUGCUGGCUGCGGAAAUGGAGGAAAGUCUUUCGGUUCGGUUUCGUGCUCGAUUUGCCUCGAAAUGGUUACUGAUAAUGGGGAUCGGUCAUGGGCUAAGCUUCAAUGCGGUCAUCAGUUUCAUUUGGAUUGUAUUGGUUCAGCCUUCAAUGUAAAGGGCGCGAUGCAAUGCCCAAAUUGUAGAAAAAUUGAGAAAGGUCAAUGGCUUUAUGCCAAUGGUUGCCGUUCGUAUCCGGAGUUUAAUGUGGAUGAUUGGGCACAUGAUGAGGACCUUUAUGACCUAAGUUUCUCAGAAAUGUCAUUUGGAGUUCACUGGUGUCCAUUUGGAAGCUUAGCACAACUUCCUACAUUCGAGGAAGGAGAGUUAUCAUCAACCACAUAUCAUGAAUUACUGGGACAGAAUGCCAUCUUUUCUGAACAUUCAGCACCUGCUGCUCAUCCAUGCCCAUAUGUAGCUUACUUUGGGCCCACAGUUCAUCCAUCAUCCUCAAAUUCCAGUGGAAGUGUUUCAGAUAGUUCUAGUUACAACAAUCACUGGAAUGGUCCAUCAGUGCCUGGUGAGGUACCUGCAUCUUAUGCUUUUCCUGCAAUGGAUCACCAUUACCAUAAUUGGGAGCAUCAUUCCCCACCAUUCUCCACAUCUAGCAGUCGAAUUGGUAGUUCUGAUCAACCUUCAAAUCCUCCUGUCAGUCAAAGGUCUGCCAGGAGUGGUUCUGAUAUGCCAAGAUCAGGAUCUUUUAUGCGUCCGUAUGUUGUUGGCCACAGUUCUGGUGCUAGAGCAGGGAGUUCAGUGGCAUCCUCAUUGAUUCCUCCUUACCCUGGUAGCAAUGCUCGAGCUCGUGAUAGAGUUCAAGCCCUCCAGGCAUACUAUCAACAACAACAUCCGAGCACUUCGCCGUCAAUAAGGACACCCGUUAUUUCUGGCUCCCGAAGGUCAAGCAGUCACAGAAUUCAUGCUCAAGUAGGGCCAGUGGCUUCAUCAUCUGACCAGGUGGGUGGCUUCUAUUUCUUUCCAUCGGGUACUCCAGUCCGUAACUUUCAAGAGGCUGAAAAUCCUCUAUCAACUCGGUUCCAUGCUUGGGAAAGAGAUCAUUUGCCUUCGUUUUCAAUAAACCAGGUCGACAGAGACUCAGCAUGGGGUGCCUUCCAUCAGUCUGCUGGUGCACCAGAUCCUGGCAUAAGAUCCGGCAGUUUCCGCCAAAGGCAUGGAUCUGAGAGGAUGUCUUCACAUAAUCAUUCAUAGUAUUUCAUCCUUUAUACCCUUCUGGGUUAAGCAAAACAAACUCUACUGUGAAUGAAACCAUAAAAGUUUAUGUAUGGUUGAGUUGAGAGAGACAUUGUAUGUUGGUCCUGUGAAUCGUUGCAGGCUGAAAAACCGUGAAGUGGGGCUGAAAACAAUUAUUUUGGCACCCCAAAUGGCGGUAGACAGAUACCCAAACUCUUUGAAUCAACACUACCCGUAACCCCAUGGGUUCUUGUUGAUUUUUGUUGUUGUUAUUUUUUUUGCUGGUUAUUCAGGUUGCUUGAUGGGUUUUUUUAUUACUA